AUGACCGUCUCUCAAGAAAUAUCCUCCUUCUUCUCCCCAUCGCCCGUGGAAACCUCUCCAGCCCCCGAGAUCGGAGCCAAGGCCCCAUCAUGUCCAGAAAUACCCUUCCCAGCAAGUAACGGGAAACCAACCAUCAUAUCAUUCCUCCGACAUUGCGGGUGUCCAGUGGCCGAGGCAGCAUUCCUAAAGAUGCGCAGCGCCUCAGCCCAAUACCCGGAUAUAAACUUCAUCGCCGUAUCUCACAGCGACCAACAAUCAACAGAGAAAUGGCUCAACGCCGUAGGUGGAUCUUCAUCUGGGGAUGGAUCAUCGGUUACCAUGGUCGUUGACGCCGACCGUCAGAUCUACGCAAAGUGGGGGCUAGGGAUCGUUUCCUGGGGCCACCUUUGGAACACCGCGGGCCUUGCAUCGAUCUGGAGAAUGGGGAGAGAGAAUGGUAUCUGGCAGAGGCCCACUGAGAGCGGGAAUAGGUGGCAGUCUGCUGGGAGUUGGGCUGUUGAUGCGGAGGGUUAUGUGCGGUGGGGACGGCCUGCUGUGAGGGUGGAUGAUAUGGUUGAUAUUGAGGCUGCUGUUGGCGCGUUGCGGGGGGGAUGGGGGGCUUUGAUAUACCACAUGAUGGGAUUUGGCGUCUACUAUGUGAACAUGUUAUUUAUUAUCAUUAUGAGCCCUUAUCCAUGGUUUGUAUAA